AUGAAGGCCGUGCAGGUCGCCGAAUUCGGUGGGCCUGAGGUCCUCCAGAUUGCAGAGGUGCCUAUCCCGCAUCCCCGCGGUACUCAGGUUCUGGUCAAGCUGGGUGCAGUCGGAAUCAAUCCGGUCGAGACUUACUUGCGGGCGGGCGCGUACGCUAGUCUGCCGCAGCUGCCGUUUACGCCGGGCAAAGAUGGCGCCGGCGUCGUGCACGCCUGUGGCGAGGAUGUGAGCAAGUUUAAGCCAGGUGAUCGCGUAUACACAACGGGUAGCCUCACGGGCACCUACGCCGUGUACACGCUAUGCACCGACGAUCAGCUGCAGCCCUUGCCAGAGCGUAUCACUCUUGCUGCGGGCGCGGCCAUUGGCAUUGCAUACCGCACGGCCUACCGAGCCCUGUUCCAGCGGGCCACUUUCAAGCCGCGCGAUGCCGUGCUGAUCCACGGUGGAUCCGGUGGCGUGGGAUUGGCCGCUAUUCAGCUGGCUGCCAUGCACGGGGCCGAGGUUUUGGCGACGGCUGGCACGGAAAAGGGUUUGCAACUCAUGCGUGACAGUGGUGCCCAUCACGUCUUCAACCAUCGUGAGCCAGAUUACCUCAACGCGAUCAAGGCCGCGACGCCCGGCAAGGGCAUCAAACUGAUCGUUGAAAUGCUGGCCAAUGUCAACUUGCAGCAUGACCUUGACUUGAUCGGCCGCCACGGCACGAUUGCCGUGGUGGGCAAUCGCGGCGAGAUCAACAUCAACCCACGAACCCUUAUGCUGGCUGAGGCCAACAUUGUGGGUGUACUGGGCGGCACGCCCGACGAAAUUUCCGAAGCCUAUCAUGCCAUCAAUGCCGGUCUUGCAGUUGGGGCGCUCACGCCUGUCAUAGGCCCCGCCUUUACAUUGGAGCAAGCGCCCGAGGCGCACGUGGAGGUCAUUGAGCACAAGCAGGGUACCUCGGGAAAAAUUGUGUUGGUGCCUUCCCAACUCGAUUCGAGUAACUAA